AUGGAGAGGGGGUCUCAAGCUGGUAGGACGACUUCGGCAAAAACAGAAGCGGCCAGGUCGGACUGUGGGAGCAGAACUUCUGUCACAAGGCAUCGUGCUGAAGCUAAGACAGCGGAGUCACCGAAACAAAACCAGACGCAGAGAGAAAUACGCAAUGGUGAGGGAGAAGUUGCAAAGAACUUUGCCGCUCUGAGGAGAAAUUCUGCGGGUACGGAAGCGUCUGUACAUGCAGGUCGGGAGAGAAAUACGGGAAAGUUUACCCGGACCGAGAAAACAGAUUCUACGGAACAAUGCGGGAAGCCAAGCGGCGAGGGGAGGGCUGGAAAGAAGUCUGCUACUGAGAGAAAUGCGUUGGUGGGAGAACUUGUUAAGGGUGGUGCUACAAGAAACUCCAACACUGCAACGAGAAGAGAACUUUACAAAACCAGGGAUAGAACAUCACCGAGAAGAACGAUUUCUCCUAGCUGUACCCAGGGUGAGCCGUUGAGAGACGUGCCUACAGACGGUGUGAGGGCUAAAAAGAACUCUACUGCCACUGAAAGAAAGGGGUCGGUGGGAGAACAUGUUAAGGGUGGUGCUACAAGAAACUCCACCACUGCAAAGAGAAGAGAACAUUUGAAAACCAGGGAUACAACAUCUCCAAGAAGAACGAUUUCUCCUAGCUAUAGCCAGAGUGAGCGGCUAAGAGACUUAACUAGAGAAGGUGUAAGCUGGAGAGAAUACUUACCUGUGAUUUUUCACCUGUAUGAGAUCCACCUGAGCCCGUCAUUCAGAGCAGCCGCCGUGCCGCCUCCGCCACGGGACAACAGCACAGAACAGGGAUAUAAGCUGUUACGGUUCCUAGACGACGGGUUCCGGACCGAGAGAAUCCGCCGGUCGUCCUUCGAGCCUGCCGAGGGCCCGUGCCUUCCCGCACCGGACGCCCAGGUGCCCAACCGCCGGUGGAGCAUGGCCGUGCCCGCCGCCGGGCAGCUGGACCCGCACGGUGGCUCGCACGUGCCGGACACGGGCCCUGGGUACCUCAUCACCCCGGCUCUUCUUAGCAGGCUCCAGCGGCUGCACCAGUCCACAUCCCGCGGGGGUGGAAGCGACGGCGCCCGAAGGCUCUCCACGCUCUCCUCGGUAUCGGGAGGGUCGGAGUCGGACAGUUUUGGCGCUAGCGCUCCCGAAACCGACAACGAAAAUUCGAAGUCCCGGGGGAGCUCGGUGAAAGAGUCGACGGCGGCGGGAUCGAGCUUCGCGUCCCGAAGACAGUCCGUGUCGUCCUCGCUGGUCGGCACGGUCUCGAGAAGACCUUCUGUAACAUCCUCGAUGCUGGGUUCGCCCUCUCGCCGUGGCUCCGUUGUUGGCCCCACGGGGCUCGGGUCUCCGCCUCGCCGAGGGUCGCUCGCUGGGCCGGCGGGGCUGGGUCCACCUCCCCGCCGAGGAUCUUUCGUAGCGCCUGCGGUGAACGGUUCCGUGUCGCCACGGGGUUCGCUGGUGGGCCAUGCCCUGUACGAGGAACCAUACCUGAACCCUGUAGAUGCUACUUCUAGUUCUACUUCUGAUCAUGUCGAGAAAAUUCCACCUGUUCUAAUCCGGAGUAGACGGGGAUCCGCCGGAUCUAGGACCAGUUCCGGAUCAAAUUCCGGGUCGCGAGUGCAAGAUUCCGUCAUCUCUGUUACAUCCGGAUCCACCGACCAGCUACAAACUCUCCUUAUAAGGCAAACAUCCGGAUUCGGGUCGACGGAACAAGUGCAGACUUUGGACGUGGGUGACAAUUCCGGAUGUGAUCCGGACCCACCGCAAAAAGUUCCGGUUUCCGUCGCAAGAACAGGCCGGAUUAUGACCAAACUGUCCACGGGACCCCCCGCAAGGAGGUCCAGACGGGCCUCACUUUUCUACUGA